AAUAAUUAGUGUUAAAUUAAUUUUGAUGAAUAGGUGCAUAUGCUGGAGAAGAGCUUUGAGACAGAGAACAAGCUGGAGCCAGAGCGGAAGACGCAGCUGGCCAAGAAGCUGGGGCUGCAGCCAAGGCAGGUGGCUGUGUGGUUCCAGAACCGCAGGGCUCGAUGGAAGACAAAGCAGCUCGAGCGCGAUUAUGAUCUUCUCAAAUCUUCUUACGACUCCCUUUUGUCUAAUUAUGACUCUAUCCUUAAGGAGAAUCACAAGCUCAAAUCCGAGGUGGUUUCCAUAAACCAGAAACUUGAAGCUAAAGAGGAGACCAGCAAUAUCAAAGCAGCAGCAUUUGCACCUGAUCAUGCUGACGACGACAAGUGCGACCCUCUUGUUCCUGCUGGUUAUGAGAUGAGGGAUGCUGUUCCAAUAAGCUAUGCCGCUGGUCUGCAAUAUAGCUGCAGCGUCAAAGUUGAGGACCGCCUGAGUUCCGGGAGCGGAGGAAGCGCAGUGGUGGAUGAGGCCGAAGGUCCUCAGCCUGUGGACAGCGGCGACUCCUACAAUUUUCUCAACGAGGACAAC